AUCAUCACCGCGUCGCGCCCCAGCUUUUCUCUCGGCGCGCGCAAUUCAGCCAGCUCUCAGCGCGUGCAACUACACAUCCUGCACACCUCCACGCUGGCAUAACAAUCCCUGCAUUCGAACGCGCCAACACGCGACAUGGCUCCACGCAGCCGGCGCAGCGCUGCAGCGGCGGUAGAAGCUGUUGAAGAGGAGGAGCCUGAAGUGGAGCAGGAGGAGGAAGAGGAACGAGAUGGGCUCCGGCAACUGAAGUUCAAGCAGCCGCUGGUGGGGCGGCCAGGGAAGCAAAUCAGCGUGGGCGACCUGCUGGCGCGCCUCGAGACACUGCUGAACGAGCUGCGGACAAUCGACCAAGAGGAGGCACAUGCCGAGUCGCUGAAGCCGGUUGCGCAGGAAUUGGCAAACCAGAGCUUGUUGCAGCACAAGGACGCAGGCGUGCGCGCCUGGACAUGUUGCUGUCUCGUCGACAUGCUCAAGCUGUUCGCGCCAGAUGCGCCCUACCCGGCAGCCAAGUUGAAGGAAAUCUUCUCGGUCAUCAUCACAAAACUACUGCCCCUCCUCGCCGACCCCUCGCAUCCCUACAACAGCCAGCACAUGUACGUCCUGCGCUCGCUCGCCGAGUGGAAGAGCAUACUGCUCAUCAACGACAUCCCUGGCUCCGAAGCCCUCACAACAGCCCUGUUCACGACGUGCUUCGACGUCCUCUCCGGUCCGUCUAAGAACGACAGUGCCGAGGAGCUCAGCAAGAACGUCGAGCACAACAUGACCGAGGUCCUCUCCACCAUCAUAGACGAGACGGGGGCUGUCCCGCAUGACGUGGUGGACAUCAUCGUCGCUCAGUUCCUCUGGGCAGACCCCGUCACACUGGGCAGCUCCAAGGGCAGGAAGAGCGCGCCAGUCGACGCGAAACAGACAACGUUGCGGCGGAAGGAGGCGCCACCGGCGUACAACAUGGCCAAGAGUGUGUGCAACAACAACCAGGACAAGAUGGCACGUCUGAUCGGCAACUACUUCAGCUCUGUCAUCGUCGACUUCACAAAUUCAGGACCAUCGUUCAAGCGAAACCGAGCAGGAAGCGAGGACGCUGAUGACGAUGGGGUCAAGGGCCCCUCCGACGAGGAUAUCAACGAGGCGAAGAAGGCGCACAGGCUACUGCGAGAGCUCUGGAAAUGCUGUCCAGGUGUGCUGCAAGAUAUAGUUCCGCAUCUGGUGGACGAGCUCGGGACAGAAAACGUGCAGCUUCGCCAACUGGCGACCGAGACUCUGGGUGACAUGAUCUCUGGCAUUGGAGCAGCAGGACCUCCUCCACCGCCGCAGAUGGAUCCCGUUGCAUAUCCAUCUCAAAGCCUCGCGCGCUCAGAUGCUGCGCGGCCGUUCGACUUCCUUACUACGCCCACCUCCAUCAAUUCUUUCCCAACGCAGCACCCCGUUGCAUACCACUCGUUCUUACAGCGCAGGAAUGAUAAAUCACCCAUCAUUCGAGCUUCCUGGACAACCGCCGUGGGCCGCAUAUUGACUACAUCAGCUGGCGGCAUUGGACUGGAUCCCGAAGAAGAGCAAAGUCUUCUCAAGUCGUUUGCCGAGUGCUUGAUCGAUAGUGACGAGAAAGUGCGACUGGCGGCGGUCAAAGCUGUUGAGCUCUUCAGCUUUGAUGACAUUGUUCGCAAGCUAGGCAGCAACGGCAGCAUAUCAGAGUCUGGUUCGAUCCUCUCUAACCUCGCAGAUCGAGUCAAGGACAAGAAGAGCAUCAUCCACUCAGAGACGACAAGGCUCAUUGGUCGCAUCUGGGGUGUAGCUUCGGGUGCGAUCGCCGAGGGCGAUGAAAUCGUCAAUAACUUGCUUGGAUCGAUUCCCUCAAGAAUUCUCGAAGCGUACUACGUCAACGAUGCAGACAUCAACGUUCAGGUCGACACAGCCUUGUUCGAAUCUCUUCUGCCGCUUGGCUACCCGCCAAUCAAACCCCGCGCAGCUACGAAUGGUGCGUCACAAGUGGUCAAGGACAGCCAAACGAACGGCGAUCAAGGCUGCACCGAAGCUGAGCUGGACAAGCUUCGAACAGAACGGCAACUCGUUCUGGUCAAUGGACUCAGUGAGAAGGCCAAGAAGGUCUACUUCGUUAAGCAAAGCAACCAAGUGCAAGGUGCUGGGAUCCUGGAGGGCUUCCUGCAGGUCUGCGAGAAAUACAACGGCGGUGUCGUCAACAAGGAAGACAAGGAUAUCAAGACCAGGUUGAGUGGUCUUAUCGCAUACUACGCCAGAACGCUGCCUGAACCGACAAAGACCACCGACGAGUUGUGGAAGUUUGCAAAGGCACAUGAUCGCCGUGCAUAUGCUUUGAUACGCUUCUGCAUGGACCCUGCGAGUGACUAUCGUAGGGUCUUCAAGUCCAUCAAAGAGCUGCGUAAGCGCAUUGAGGAUGGACCGGGUGCUACCCUCCUUGACGUGCUGAACCCUCUGCUCUACCGUGUCGCCCUGCUGUGCUACAACAAGAGUCAUGUCUCCGCCAUUAUUGAGUACACGCGAACAGACGAUAAGGGUCUGGGCGCCACUGCCCAUGAGCUGUUGAAGGAAAUCUCCCUCAGGCACCCGAAGGUCUUCUCCACACACGUCAAGGAUCUUUGCAGGACGCUCGAGAGCGAGGCGCCAACGGCGAAGACGCCGAACCCUCCCGGUGCAGUCGAGGACUUGAAAGCAUGUGCAGCUUUUGCGAAAAAGUUCCCUAGUGACAUCCCUGUGAACACCAAAGACGGGCGCAAGCUAGUACAGAGCUUCCUCAACUUUGCGCAGUACGGCACACCGGCACAAGCAGCGAAGCAUGCCAUCACCAUCAUCAUGCAUAGCGACAACAAGAAAGAGCUGCACGCCAAGGAGAUACUGGACAAGAGCAUCAAGGGCUUCAAGUACAACGGUGACCAUUGGUUGACGAAGCUUGCUGCGCUCAGUCAACUAGUAUUGCUUGCCCAGACCGAGUGUGGGGACAACAUGGAUUCUAUCAUCGAGAUUGCGAUCGAGAAGGUCCUCCAUGAACCGCACCUCGCCACCGAGGAGGCUGACGCUGACUGGAUGGAGACACCAGAUGAUGAUAUUUUAGGCAGAGCCUGGGCGUUGAAGAUCCUCAUCAACCGUUUGCGCUCUCUCCCGUCCGACGCUGACCUGGAUGAAGCCGCUACCAGCACAUACGCCUUGCUCAACCGGCUCGUCAAAGACAACGGCGAGACAUCAGAAUCGAACGACACACCCGCAGGGCAUAAAUCUCGUCAAAGACUAUUGGCAGCUCAUGCACUGCUCAAGCUGUCGACUAACAAGCGCCUGGACGCCCUCUUGAAGCCCGCAGACUUCGUACAGCUGGCUCUCGUCACCCACGACCCAUGUCCCCAAGUUCGCAGACUCUUCGCCGAAAAGCUGAUGAAGUACCUCGGCCAGAACCGCCUGCCCCCUCGAUUCUACACCAUCCUUUUCUUCUUCGCCCACGAGCCUGAGCGAGGCGUGAAGGAGAGCACAUUGACAUGGAUUCGCUCUCGCCGCGCCACUUUCGCAACUCGCAAAGAAACGGUUCUCGAAACCGUCUUUGCCCGCCUUCUUAGCCUGCUCGCCCAUCACCCUGACUUUGAUACGGAGUCAGCCACACUCAAGCUCAUGUCUGAGUAUAUACUAUACUACCUCAAAUGUGUUGCCACAGAGGACAACCUUUCGCUCAUCUUCCAUGUCGCACAACGUGUCAAAGGCGUGGCAGAUGGCAUUGCUCCAUCGAAGCAAGCAGACGAGAACCUAUAUGUUCUGUCCGACCUCUCACAAGCACUCAUCCGCUCAUGGGAAGAGCAGAAUAGCUGGACCAUGCAGUCUUGGCCUGGCAAGAUGCGGUUGCCGUCUGGCAUCUUCCGUGCCCUCGAAUCGCACGAACGCGCACAAGAGAUUGCGAAGAAGACAUGGAUCGAUGAGGACCUGGUCGAGGAACUUGAUCCGCUGGUCCGCAAAGCGAUUCGCAGCAAGAAGAGGAAGGCUACCGAUGGUGCUGAGGGUGCACGUAAGAAGAAGCCCAAGGGCGAUAGGCCAAAGAAGGAGAAGAAAGGAAGGCCGAUCAAGACACCUAGGAAAAAGCGAGCUACAAGCAAUGACGAUGAAGAAAGCGACGACGGGCAGAUUGUGCCUGAGAGUAAGCCAGAGAGGAAGAGUGGGCGAAAGAGCAAUGUUAGCAAGAGCUACGUCGAAGUCAGCAGCGACGAUGAGGACGUCGAUGCUGGUGCAGAUGCGGUAGAGCAAGUUGAAGAGCAAGAAGCGGAAGAGGAGGAAGCAGACGAAUCGACGCCUGCGCCUGAAGAGGAUGUCGAGAUGGCAGAAGCAGAGGAAGUCGAAGCUGAGGAGCCUGAGGCGGAAGCGGAAGCAUCAGAAGCCGAUGAGGCCGAAGCAUCGCCAGAUCCCGUGUUGCCUAAGCGGGGAGCGCGAGGUCGGACAGCGAAGGCAACGAAUGCAGCGAAGUCGUCUCCCGUCGCACAGAAUCGCAAGAAUACCACGCCGGCGAAAACAACGGCACCAACAAAAGCCAACUCGGCAAAGAGCACACCAGUAAAAGCUAGCAAGGCAGCCAAGCCUGUCGCGAAGGGUAAGGCGAAGGUCAAUGGGGCUUUGGCAGAAGCGAAGACCAACAGUCCUACUGCGAACGGGACGAGCACCAGGCGGAGCGCAAGGACUAGGGGCGGGGGCUGAGCGAACCAGACCUGAGCGCUACUAAAGCAUCUCACGCACGCGGCUCGCCGCGAUCAUUUUGACGUUUGAAUUCAGGGCAUGGGCGAUAUAUACAUGGGUGGUUUUCAUGCGUCACUACUACUGUAAAUUCGAGCUCAUUUUGUGUCUUCGAUGUUUAGCAAGCGCGCUAGCAAGGUGCAUAACGGCGAAAGAAAGGAAUUGUACGAUAUAGAUAUAUCUAC